GCCACCACUCUCUCUCUCUCUCUCUCCUCUUCUCUUUUAUUCUCUUCUCUUACUAUCCUCUCCCUCUCUCCCUCUCUUUCUCUCCUUUUCUUUUCCAUUGAUAUGUCUUCUGCCGGCGGCGGCGACGGCGGCGGAGGUAGCGGCGUUACCUCCGGAGAAGCUCGCCAAUACUUCUGCCACCAGUGCAACGGCACCGUCUAUGUUUACCUUUCCUCCUCCUCCGAUCUCCUCUGCCCCAAUUGCAACGGUGGCUUCCUCGAAGAACUCGAAACCCCAAUUCCUAGCCCUAAUCCUGCCAAUCCAUUCUUCUCCUUCUCAUCUGACUUCCCUGUCGCCGGCACAGGCUCCAUUCCCCUCGUUUUCUCCGGCGGCGCUAACUCCUUUGACGAUUUCUCCACCCUAUUUGGAAACCGAUCCGACGCCGCCGCGGAACCGUUCAACCCCUUCUUGUUCCUCCAGAACUACUUCCAAAACCUAAGAGCCGGCGGCGCCAAUGUUCAAUUCGUGAUCGAGUCCGGCGAUCCUGGUGGAACGUUCCGGUUCCCGGGUAACGUCACACACGGCGAUUACUUCUUCGGGCCAGGGCUGGAGGAGCUGAUCCAGCACCUCGCCGAGAACGAUCCGAAUCGUUACGGGACCCCGCCGGCGUCUAAGUCCGCCGUAGAGGGACUGCCUGACAUUUCGGUGACGGAGGAGCUACUGGCGUCGGAUUCCGCACAGUGCGCGGUGUGUAAGGACACCUUUGGCCUUGGCGAAACAGCAAAGCAGAUGCCGUGUAAGCAUAUAUAUCACGCGGAUUGCAUUUUACCAUGGUUGGAAUUGCAUAAUUCUUGUCCCGUCUGUCGGUAUGAGUUGCCCACAGAUGAUCCUGAUUACGAGCAGAGGACUCGUCGCAGUGGUGGCGGUGUUGGUGGUGGUGGGCCGGGUCCCCAGGUGAAUUGGAACUUGGAUGCAGGGGCUGGUGGUUCCGAUGAUUCGUCUGGUGGCGGUAGUGGUGGAGAAAAUGUUGCGCGGCGGAGGUUUAGGGUGUCUUUGCCGUGGCCGUUUAGGCAAUUUGUUUCUUCUGUGGCGGAGACAAGUAAUGUUGGGGAUGGCAACAAUAACAAUGACAACAACAACAGCAGCCAUAGCGGAAAUAGUGGUGGGCAAUCGAAUCCUAGGGGGAAUCAGAAUUUUGAGUCGGAGACCAGACAAGAAGAUCUCGACUGAGAAUCACUCAUGUUUCAUAUGUACGGAGAGUUCAAAAAAUCUGCAGCAUUUUGUCGAAUAGAAAUGAUGUUAAAUAUCAAUUAGUGGUUGGUGACGGUUGCAAAUGUUAUAUUUGAUUAUAAUGAACUUACGUAACUGUCAAUCACCAUUUUUUAGAGUUAUUUAUAGAUUCAUAAUUAUAUGUGCAUUAUUGGUUCGAUAUUUUCUGAAUUUUGUUAAUUAUUAUGUGUGACUCUUUCUCACGUUCAUGCCUGCUAUAAUACCGUCAUCUACUUCUUUGUGUUAGCCAAUAGAUCGUUCUGCAAUGUGUCCACUGGGUCUUAUCUUCCUUAUCUGAAUAUUGGAAUAGAAUAACCCCCCCUCUUUCUAAAAUGUCUUUUGCCAUCAAUAGU